CGUCUUUUUUGUAUUAUGACUGUUAUUUAUCUCCAGCAGCAGAGAGAGAGAGAGACGACAUUCAGACAGACACCACAGAUCCACAUCAUCACCCUUAUGGAAAACCCAAAGAUCCCCUGGAUCUUCCUUUUGCUUCUGCAGGGUCUUCUACAUGAAGUUAGUGGACUAUCCAACACCCAGGUUUGUAACCCAGGUGUGACAGACACCAUAUUCAACUAUGGUGCUAAAACAAUGAAUGGGACACAAUACAUCCCAUUAUCUCGGUAUGCUGGGAAGUAUGUCCUCAUUGUCAAUGUGGCAACCUACUGAGGUCUUACCUUCCAGUAUUUGGAACUGAAUGCACUACACGAGGAGUUACGAGGCGUUGGAUUCACUAUCCUCGGCUUUCCCUGCAACCAAUUUGGAAAACAAGAACCUGGAGAAAAUUAUGAAAUUCUUCCUACAAUAAAGCAUGUUCGUCCAGGCAAUGGAUUUGUUCCAAACUUUCAGUUAUUUGAGAAGGGGGAUGUGAACGGAAACAACGAACAGGCCCUUUUCACAUUUUUAAAGAAUGCUUGCCCACCUGUAGGAGACAGCUUUGGUGACCCUACCAACAGACUGUUCUGGCAGCCACUCAGAAUCAAUGAUAUCAAAUGGAACUUUGAGAAGUUUCUGGUGGGUCCAGAUGGCAAGCCGAUAAUGAGGUGGUUUUCCAGAGUAAACGUGUCUGAAGUGAGAGCAGACAUCUUGAAAUAUUUCAGUCAAAUUGUCCAAAAGGCCCAAUAACUAUAAAACCCAUAACAGUGUAUUCAAUAGUAUGUUCUCCUCUCUCUUUCUCCAGCUUAAACUGAUAACAUUUAACGUGUAAGAUUACAUGUGUGGGCCACAUCUAAAAAUGUAAACAUCUAUGAAUUAGAUUAGAGCAUUAAAAUAAAACUGUGUAAGACCGUCCAGAGGCGGUAAGCAGCAGAUGAAGGGAUGGGUUUGGAGAUUGGGUGUGUUAAUGAAGGGAAGGCUUGAAAACAGACCCUGUGGUGCCUGACCGGAAACUGAAGGUCAGUGAGAAGAUCUUUAGUGCAUUCAGACUCCUCUCUGACUCCUCAGUCACGUCUCAUCUCCUAAACAGAUCGCUUCAAGUUGCUGCUGCCAGUCUGGAUGUUUAGCAAAUAAAUAUGGAAUGCAAAAAAAA